AUGCAUGCAGCAAAUGAGGGGCCUGAGGGCGGCCCCGAGGGUGUGCAGAAUGCCGCAGCAGCAGACGGCGCCGCAGCAGCAGCUGCUGAAGACCUGAAUGCAGCAGCAGCAUCUGCAGCAGCACUAGCAGCAGAGGCAGCAGCAGCAGAAGCAGCAGCAGCAGAAACAGCAGCAGCAGAGGCAGCAGCAGCAGAAGAAGACGCAGCAGCAGACGCAGCAGAGGAAGAGUUUGGGCAGGAGGAUUAUGACGAUGCGAGCUCUUUUUACGACCUGAGUGCUGCUGCUGCUGCUGAGUUCCUGCAGCAGCAGCUGCAGCAGGGAGCAGCAGCAGCAGCAGCAGCCGCAGGAUCCCAAUCGGGGGAGUACCGGCUGCUGCUGCAGCACAUGCCGGAGGGCCCGGAAGCAGCAGCAGCAGCAGCAGCGCAGCGCAGCAGCAACCUGCUGGGGAGGUCCGCAGACGUGCAGCAGCAGCCGCGGCAGUUCUCCGCGUGGGAAGCAGCAGCAGCAGCAAAAGGAGGUGCAGCAGCAACAACAGCAGCAGCAGCACUGAUAGGGGCGCUGCUGCCUGCGGGCCCGGGGAGCCUGCCGCCGGAGGCGGCGGAGCCGUUUGCUGCAGUGAUGGCCGCAGCAGCAAACGAGACUGCAGCAGCAGCAGCAGCAGCAGCAGCAGCAGCAAAACCCCUCGUCACUUUCCGAGAUCUUGGAAUUCUCCCCCCACUUCUCAAAGCCCUAGCAGCUGAGGGUUUUCAUUACCCCACUCCCGUGCAGGCUGCUGCACUGCCUGUAACCCUCGCGGGGCACGACGCAGUGGUGCAGGCCAAGUCAGGCACGGGGAAGACAGUGGCAUUUGCUUUGCAUGCGCUGCAGCUGCUGCUGAUUGCAGCAACAACUGAAGCGCCAGCAGCAGCAGCAGCGCCCCCAGCAGCAGCAGCAGCAGCAGCAGCAGCAGCAGCAGCAGCAGCAGGAAACUUCUUCGGCUUCGCUCUCGCCAUCGCUCCCUCUCGAGAGCUCGCCGCCCAAACCUGCAGCGAAAUCCAGGGGCUUGGGUCCCACAUUUUGCAGUUUCACGUGACUGUCUGCUGCUUGCUUGGAGGUGUCUCCACAAAUGUCUCUGUCCACGAGCUCGCGAAGAGGCCCCAAAUCAUUGUUGCGACUCCCGGGCGUUUGCUGCUGCUGCUGAACCUCCGCAAGCAGCGCAGGCGCGGCCGCUGUCUUUGCGCCCAGUCGAAGAGAGUGGCUGAAGCAGCAAAGGCAACAGCAGAAGCAGCAGCAGCAAACGCAGCAGCAGCAGAGGAGUCUGCUGCUGCUGCAGCGGGGGACGCUGCUGCUGCUGCUGCUGCUGCGGCUGAGACGGCGCAGCAGAACGCAGAGAACGCCGCGCUCUUUGCUGCCAGCGCCCAAGCAGCAGCAACAGCAGCAGCAGCACUGUGCAGCUGCAGCAACGUUUCGCUGCAGCAGCAGCUGCAGCAGCAGCUUCGCCUUGUUAUUCUGGAUGAGGCCGAUCUGCUGCUGGACAACUUUUUCAGAGCGCAAACCAAAGAGAUCCUGGAAAGGGUGCUGCGGCCGCGAGCGCAGCUAACUGCAUACUCAGCAACGUUUGCCCCGCAGCUGCUGCACUACCUUGAGAACGAUUUGCUGCAGGGCUCGGAGAGGCUAGUUGCUGCUGCUGCUGAUGAUGAGCAGCAGCAGCAGCAGCAGCAGCAGCAGGAGGGAAAUGUGCAGCAGCAGACACAGCCAAGGGAGAUCCGCCGGGUGUUUCUUUGCUCUUCCCGCGUGCGCUUUGCGCCUAGCCCGAGCCCAGACAGCAGCAGCAGCAGCAGCAGCAGCAGCAGCGCGGCGGGUGGGGCUAGCUGCGAGCCCGGGGGCGGCCAGGAGAGCGACGACAGCAGCAGCAGCAGCAGCAGCGACAGCAGCAGAGACGCAGAAGAACUUUCAGCGCUGGAGUCUCUCGAAGCAGAAGCUGCUGCUGCUGCUCAGCGGCAGGCGCUGCUGAAGCUGCAGCAGCAGCGGAUGGCCGAUGCUGCUUUGCCGCCCCCGGUCCCCUCAGGGAUAAUAUACGGGCUAAUGGAGCUGCCCCUGGAGAACUCGGGGCUGCGCACUUUGGGGCUGAAGCUGCAGCUGCUGCUGCAUGCAAUGAGCCGCAUAUACUUUCGACAAGCUGUGGUUUUCGUCAAUGAACCCGUCGUCGGAACUCAUGUGGCUCAGAGCCUCCGGCGCCUCGGCAUUACCGCCGUGUACACGAGCGGCAGACUGCCUCAGAGCGAACGAAACAAACGCGUGGCGGCCCUCAAGAGGUUUGAGUGCAGGGUCAUGGUCUGUUCCGACCUGAUGAGCCGCGGAAUCGACGCAGUUGGCGUGGACUUCGUCAUCAAUUUCAACCUGCCCAUGGACAAGGAGACGUUUUUGCACCGGGGGGGCCGUGCGGGGCGGUUUGGCAGCUGGGGGGUUUGCUUGUCUCUUGCUGCAGCAGAUGAAGCAGCUAGCUACAGAUAUAUAGCAGCUAGCUACGGGAUAACAUUGCAUCCUUUGCACCACAUAGAGCAGCUGCAGGAGGCGCUGCUGCCGGACGUGCGGCGGCUGCGUGCUGCUGCUGCUGCUGCUGCUGCUGCUGCGCCCGCCGACGCCCCCGCGCGCCGCCCCGUGGGCACCCCGCAGCAGCAGCAGCAGCAGCGCCUCGUGUUGCUGCGCCCCAGCAGCGAGAGCGACGAGGAGGAGCAGGAGAUGACUCCGCAGCAGAAGCAGCUGCUGCUGCGGGACAUAGAGCAGCUGCAGCAGCAGCAGCAGCAGCCCGAAAGCUGGGACGACGUGCACCAGCGCAUGCAGCAGCAACUCGUGGCCGAGAUGCACUUGAAGAGGCAGCAGCACGAGAUGGAGCUGCGCAGGCAAGAAAGGCUGCAGCAGCAGAUGCAGCAGCAGCAGCAGCUCUACGAGAUGGAAGAGCAGGAGUACGAGCGCGAGCAGCAGCAGCAGCAGCACAAGCGGGAGCAGCACCAGCAAGAGCGGGAGCAGCAGCAGCAAGAGUGGCAGCAGCACCGGCGAGAAUGGGCGCGCCGGCAGCAAGAAUGGGAGCGGCAGCAGCAAGAAUGGAAGCAGCAGCUGCAAGGCCAGCAGCAGCGGGACUCGCAGCUGCAGCAGCAACAGCAGCAGCAGACCAGGCAGCAGCAAAACCCAGCAGCACAUUCCGCCCCCAGCAGCAGCCGCAUAGUGAGGAGGCUGUCAGCAGAAAGCCAGACGAGGGAUUAUGAGCAGCAGCAGCAGCAGCAGCAGCACGAGGAGCAGCAGCAGCAGCAGCAGCAAGAGCGGGACUCAAGCUUUCCGCUGGACCGUAUGUCUUCGCUGCCUUGCCAUUCUGCUGCUGGGGCUGCAGCAGCAGCAGCAGCUGGAGUGGCAGCAUCUGCCGAUCAGGAAGCAGCAGUAGCAGCAACCUACAUUUGUGCGCUGCCCACAACUCCCAUAGCAGCAGCAGCAGCAGCAGCAACUGCAGCAGCAGCAGAAGACUCUCGUGAAGUCUCAGCGGACGACCGCCCCUCUGCAGCAGCACCGCUGCAGCCCAUCCCUGUUCUAGGCUGCUUCCUUCCGGAUAAGCUGCAGCAGCUCCAUCUGGAUCGGCAGCAGCAGCAGCACCAGCAGCAGCAGCAGCAGCAACAGCAGCAGCAGCAGGAGCCGCCCAUGACUCUGCAGGUGCAAGCGGUGGGCCGCUGCGCUCUUCACUGCUGCGCAGACGGAAGCAGCAGCUGCAGCUGCAGAACAGAUUGCCUGCACUUGGUGCUUGAGUGCCGCGAGGCUGCAGCAGCAGCAGCAGCAGCAACAGCAGCAGCAGCUGCUGCUGCUGCUGAGGAGGCAGCAAAAGCUCGACGGCUGCUGUCCCUCUGCGUCUCCCACAGUCUCCAAGAUGUGACAGUGCUCCGGCCGCAGCUAGCUCUUGACGGGGCUGCUUUGCAUGCAGUGGUUGCUGCUGCUUCUCCAGGUCCUGCUGCUGCUGCUGCUGCUGCUGCUGACGCUGCUGCUGCAGCAGCAGGCUCCUGCGCAGCAGCACAAUUUGUGGGGCGCGAAAGCCAGGGGGCAGAACCGCUGUCUCCGGUGGCGUUUGUGCUGUUCAGACACCUGAGGCAGCCGCAGCAGCAGCAGCAGCUGCAGCAGCAGGUGCAGCAGCAGCAGCAGCACGCAGCGACAGCAGCAGCAGCUCAGAUCAGCGCCCAAGAGACCCUCCGCGCCCACAAGCAGCAACUCGAGCUGCUGCUGCACCACAGAAAUAGGGAUAUGGAGGAGCUGCAGCGCAGGCAGCAGCGGGAGCUGCAGCAGCAGCAGCAGCACUGCAACUGGCAGCAGCUUCAGCAGCAACUGACGCAGCACGAGCGCGAGAUACAGAAGCUGUGGGAGCGCUACCGGCGGCAGCAGCAAGACGUUAAGAAGCAGCAGCAGCAGGAGCUGCAGCAGCAGCUGCAGCAGCUGCAGCAGCAGCUGCUGCUGCAGCACUUAGCAGCACGUGCAGACGCGCCGCAGCACUUCGUCUUAGCGCUUCCCGCCCAGCAGCUGCCGCGGCUGCUGGUGGCUCUAGAGCAUGCUGCUGCUGCUGCUGCUGCAGCUGCUGCAUGCCCAGCAGCGAAAGCUCACGGGCCCCCGCAACCGCUGCCUUCUUUUUCGCUGCACGAAGCAGCUCGCUGGUACAUUUUUGUGCAGCAGCAAAGCAGCCGCGGGAUUGGCAGCAGCAGCAGACUGCAGCAGCAGCUGUGA